AAAUCCCCAAUUUUUGUAGUCAGUCUAUCCGUCCCAAUGCCGGCCGGGGAAUUCUUCCACCCAUCGCCGCCUCCGCCGCCGCCGGGGUCGGCGGAGGAAGAGAAAUGGGUGUGGAAUCAAAUCAAAGCCGAGGCUCGUUGCGACGCCGACGCGGAGCCCGCCCUAGCCAGCUACGUCUACUCCACAAUCCUCUCUCACUCCUCCUUGGAGCGAUCUCUCUCCUUCCACCUCGGCAACAAGCUCUGCUCCUCCACUCUCCUCUCCACGCUGCUCUACGAUCUCUUCCUCAACAUCUUCUCCACAGACGCGUCCCUCCGCUCCGCCACCGUCGCCGAUUUACGCGCCGCCCGUUUCCGCGACCCUGCCUGCGUUUCCUUCUCCCACUGCCUCCUUAACUACAAAGGAUUCCUCGCUUGCCAGGCGCAUCGAGUAGCACACAAGCUAUGGACUCAGUCGCGAAAGCCUCUAGCACUAGCGCUUCAAUCCCGCAUCUCGGAUGUCUUCGCGGUCGACAUUCAUCCUGCCGCCAAAAUCGGGAAAGGCAUCCUCUUUGAUCACGCAACGGGAGUCGUAGUAGGCGAGACUGCCGUGAUCGGUAACAAUGUCUCGAUUCUCCACAACGUAACUUUAGGUGGAACCGGCAACGUGGGCGGCGACCGGCACCCGAAGAUUGGCGACGGUGUACUGAUUGGCGCUGGGGCGACAAUUCUGGGAAACGUGAGAAUUGGGGAGGGCGCGAAGAUCGGUGCAGGGUCGAUGGUUCUUAUCGACGUGCCUCCGAGAACGACGGCGGUCGGGAAUCCGGCGAGAUUGGUGGGCGGAAGGGAGCAGCCGAGGAAGCACGAGGAAGUCCCCGGUGAGUCGAUGGAUCAUACUUCGUUUAUAACUGAGUGGUCAGAUUAUGUGAUAUGAUAAGAGUGAAUGGGUCUGAUUGGAAUUUAAAUUUAUACAGUAAGGUUUGUAUUUUGAUGCAAUAUAGGUUAUCUUAAAUAGAAUUGGAUUAGUUAAAUAAGUUUUUAAGUAAAAGUAUUAGUUCCUCAAUCAUUCAAAUGUUUGUUCAAAACUUUUGGGUAUAUAUAUUGUAGCUAGAUGUGUACUUUUUGUUGA